AUGUGGCAAUUUCAAAAAAAGAAUACUAAUGUUAAUGUUAAGAACAUUAGUAAAAAAUCACCAACUUCGGGCAAUAUAAAGUCAAAGGCUGUUAAAUCUUCAGAUGACAUUAACGAGAAACAAAAAUAUAUAAUGAAUUUAGAUUCAAGUAUACCACCGUUUGAAUCUCAUAGUGAUAAUAAAAGAGGUAUUGACAUAGUAGAAGAAAAUGAUGUUCAAUCAGAUAACGAUAACACUAAUAAGAAAAAAGUUAAAGUUUACCAUGGAACUGAUUUUACAGAGGAUACUAAAAAUAAUGAUAUUGUACAAUCAAGUUUACCAGAAUAUAAUUUUACUAAAUUCUGUUAUAGACAUAAUCCUGAAAAUAAAUUAUCGACAACAAAGAACAUGUGUUAUAAUCAAGAUUUAAAAAGAUUUUCAGAGAUCAAUAAAAACAUUUCAAAAUUACCAACAAAUGAGCAGUCAGAGCUUCACCAUAUGAUGUCUUAUUUUUCGAAUUCAAAUGCUAAAACAAGAAAAUUGAUAUUAGAUGGUCUAUUGGCUUCCUGUUGUUUUCCGCAACUUUCAUAUGUAAUGUCUCAAGUUUCAAGCAUGAUUAAAAUAGAUUUCAUUUCUACACUCCCGAGAGAGAUUUCAUGCAAAAUUUUGAAUUAUUUGGAUUGUCAAUCGCUUUGUAAUGCUGCUGCAGUCUGUAAAAGUUGGCAUGAAUUAGCUGACGAUGAUAAGGUUUGGUACCACAUGUGUGAGCAGCAUAUUGAUAGAAAAUGCCCAAACUGUGGGUGGGGUUUACCAUUACUACAUAUGAAGAGAGCUAGAUUCUCUUCUGAAAAGGAAAAUAAAGUUUUAGUCACAACAUACAAAGGCACAAAUGCAAAUUCCCAGAAUCCUAAAAACGAAUCACAGCAUACAACUAAUAACCAAAUAGCAAAACCAUGGAAGGUUAUUUAUCGUGAAAGAUAUAAAGUUGAAUCAAAUUGGAGAAGAGGCAAAUUUAAGGUACAAGAGUUCAAAGGACAUAUGGAUAGCGUACUAACAUUACAAUUUACACAUCGUCUAUUAUUUACAGGAUCUUAUGACUCAACGGUUGCAGCAUGGGAUUUAUAUACAGGUAAAUUGAUUAGAAGAUUUGUUGGUUCUUUUGAUGGGGUUAAGACAUUGCAUUUUGAUGGUCAGAAACUGGUCACUGGUUCGCUAGAUAAAACAAUAAAAGUUUGGAAUUAUCUAACUGGCGAAUGUAUUUCAACAUACCGUGGCCACACUGAUAGUGUUAUGAGUGUUGAUUCAUUCAAAAAAAUAAUUGUUUCUGGCAGUGCCGACAAGACAGUUAAAGUAUGGCAUGUUGAAUCUAGAUCCUGUUAUACAUUACGUGGACAUACAGAAUGGGUGAAUUCUGUCAAAUUGCAUCCUAAGAGUUUUUGUCUCUUUAGUUGCAGUGACGACACUACGAUCCGAAUGUGGGAUAUUAGAACAAAUGUAUGUUUAAAAGUAUUUAGAGGGCAUGUUGGACAAGUACAAAAAGUCAUCCCUUUAACAAUUAUAGAUAUUGAAAAUUUAGUAGUCGAUCCAAAAAUAAUUGUUGAUGAAGAAAACAAUAAUGAAAACAAUGAAAACAACGAAAACAACGAGAACCGUGAAGGUAAUGAGAGCAUUACCUUGGACAGCAGUUUGUCAUAUCCAACACAUCUAUUAUCGUGUUCAUUAGACAAUACAAUCAAGUUAUGGGAUGUUCAAACAGGGAAAUGUAUCAGAACUCAAUUUGGACACGUUGAAGGUGUCUGGGAUAUUGCGGCUGAUAACUUCCGUAUCAUAAGUGGUUCGCACGACGGAUCGAUCAAGAUAUGGGACUUGCAAUCAGGGAAAUGCAUGCACACAUUCCAAGGUAUGAGUCUGUACACUGGUGCUGGUGCUAAUGUUGCCAAUAACAAUGGCGACGACAGUACGAGAACAAAUGGGCAAGAUAAUAAAACGCAAGCAUCGCCAAUCGCUUGUGUCGGCAUCGGAGAUUCGGAAUUCUUCUGUGGUGACGAGACAGGAUGCGUCAAGAUGUGUACCUUUGACAUCUAA